AUGGGAGUCUACAUACCACCGCCCAACGACGACGACAACGACAAACAGCCGUCCGGCUCCGGCUCUGGCAGCUCUUCAUCCGGAACCACCAUCGUCAUCCCCAAUCCAGCUUCCUGGAUCCCUCGCAACCCCAGUGUGGGCUUGAUGUGGGGCCCUUUAACGCCAGCUUCCGACAACCUCCCUGCAUUAUACUUCAUGAUUGGUCUCCAGGUUGUGCUGGGGAUGGUUUGCAUGCGCAAGGCACGCCAUAUGUGGCGUCCAGUGCUCCACAGGCCCGGCUAUCCCCAGCAAUUGGCGCCUAAGCGCUCGCUCUGGAAGGCGUUGGUGCCAGGCAUUGCUGGUACGGCAGCCAUCUUUGGUGCUGGGUUGGAGAUCACGCGGAUGACAUUGCCGUACGACCCGUGGUACGACGAGGCCAAGUACUACCGUAAGUUGGCCAGCAAAAACGGCGACAAGCCCAGCUUGUGGUUUGGCGCCUACAAGUACUACCGUCCGAUGGACAUGAACACCUGGACCGACAAGGUGGGUGCGUGGAUCGAGAGCGUGGAGAAGGAGAUGGUGGCGGACGCUGCAGCGUCCUCCAGCGAGCCACUGGCCAGGGCCUCUUCCGACCACAAGCAUGGCAGCAUGUUGGCCCAGUUGAAUCGCAACGGCAAGUACACUGAGCUCUACGCACGGCUAGCGGGCGAAAACAAGAAGCGCCAACAGACGCUCCUCGAGGGCGAGUUGAAGGAGGUGAACGAGCUCAACAAGGCCGGCAGGAUCGACCUCAUUCUUGAGGGCAAGUCGCCAUACGUGAAUCCUUACUACAACAAGCCUCACAUCCAAUUGGGCCACCACACGAUCGAUUCAGAUGAUGACUUUGAGAUGGUGUGGUUGAACUUCGAGCCGUGGGACGAGCUCAAGUUGGAGACGGAUUAUGACAUCAGGUUGAUUCCGCGGUGGCGGUGGGGCGAGGAGGAAGCGUAG